CGAGGACGCCCUCCACGUCCGUAUCCCUCUUCCUACCUCCAUCCAUCGAGUGCUCAGCUUCAGUGAAUCACUAUUUCGUUCUGCGCAAGCCGGUCGCCAAUCUUGCUAGCACUGCAUCGCAAGCAAAGCUGCGAGACCGCGUUCCGGACAUCUCUCCAGAUACUCACUCGCCAUCAAUUGCGUCAACCUUGACAUCCUGAGUUCCAACCAGACCGAACCGAUCAUGUCGUACGCUCAAGCACCGCCGGCAUAUGCAGCUGCCAACAGCAAGAAUGGCUAUCAACCCAUUCCGCAAGAUGACGUUGAGGCUCACGCAGAGUCCAGCGUCCCCGGACGCACAGCCAACGCGCAGUCCCCCCUGCUUGGGCCCGAUGGCAUGCCACUUCCUCGCUCUGAGGGAGACACUGAUCCUGACGACUUCAAAUUCGGUGUGACUGUGGAGCAAAGCUCCCCCGAGGUCCGUCAGAUGUUCCUCAAGAAAGUGUACGCUACGCUUUUCAUUCAAGUGGUAUUCACCACAGCUAUCGGAGCUGUUCUGCGCAUGGACUCGAUUCGAUCGUGGAUCUUCCAACACAGCUGGAUCAUCAUGCUCACUUCCUUCUCAAGCUUGGUCACCAUGCUCGUGCUUUACGUCAAGCGCCACUCUCAUCCGACCAACGUUAUUUUGCUUGCUGCUUUCACUGCUCUUGAAGCUGUCUCCAUUGGAAGCGCUAUUGCGUAUGUCAAUGAGGUGGUCGUACUUCAAGCAUUGCUCAUCACAGGCUUCGUGUUCAUCGCACUCAAUCUUGCGGUAUACAUUUGGCCCUCGGUAGACUAUUCCAAGCUUGGACCUUGGCUGUUCUAUGGCCUGUUCAUCUUUUUGGGCAUCGGUCUGGUUCAGCUCUUCGUCCCCUUUUCUCGCGGUGUAGACAUCGCAAUCGCAGCUGGAGGCGCCGUUCUGUUCUCGCUUUACACACUCUAUGAUGUGGAUGCGAUUUCGAAGAGGCUCUCUUGCGAAGAAUGGUGCUACGCCAACGUCAUGCUCUUCCUCGACCUGCUCAAUCUCUUCUUGUCCAUUCUUCGCAUCCUGAACGGAGCUUCCAAUGACGACUAGUCGGUCAUUUGCUGCGUUCGAACGUGCUGAGCGCCAUGACGACUCGGCACGAUGUCAGCAGCAUUCAUCCCGCAAGUUGCUCGCAGCUCUCACCGACCAUCUCAAACGGCUGGCCAUACUUGGCCACCCCAAAUUCAAUGCCGCCCGCGAACGACCGAGAAUCUCUCACGACCUCACCUGUAUAUCCCUCGAGAAGUCACCUACCCAUCUGUAAGAAACCCCCGUCUCGAUUGAUACGUUCUAACCAUACCACCCAAGAGCUUGGUGUUGGCGCGACUUCCUGACUUGGGGAGAUUGCUGU